AUGACUUGGCCAGACAUUCGAGAAGAACCUGUCAGUCUUACCGCAGUGUUCACCUUCCACACAGUCUUUUUGACAAGCUUGCAGAUCAACAUCUUGGAGCAGACAAGUCUACCUGAGUCCUGUGUCGUCUGUGGCGGUGACGCCAACAUCACCUGCCCAACUUGCCGCUGCGUCGCCUGGUGUACUACGGAGCAUCAGGUGGCUGACACCAAGACUCACAGGGAGUGGUGUCCCCAUAUCGACCAAUGCCAACGUGUGCUCGAUGAAAUGUUGGAGGAUCUACGACAAGGCAACCAGGCCCCAGCAACAAACUCAGUCGGCUCAUCUCGGGAGCACGAAGAAACAGCCAGCUGGAUGGAGCAAGUUUAUCAGCUGCUCAAACUUCAAAGCCGGGUUCGACACAGAGCCGCGGUUGAGGAAAUGGUCAGGUCCGCGCUGCUAAUGUUGCAGCUGGGGGGACAGGGAGACCCUUUCCGCAUUUCGCGCCUCAUACUGCCACUUUUCCUCAGAAUCGGCCAGUACCAGGAGUUCUACGACUUCGUUCGUUGGCGAAUGCAGAGCCUUGCCCUGCCUGACAAUGCGAACAUCUACUUGGGUCUCCGGUACACUGUCGACGUGCUUCCCAAUGCCCAGAUUGGGCCCUACAUGGUCGAUUUUUUCGAAGAUAUUGCCAUUUUCGGCGACCGCGCUUGGUCUCUUGAUCUACUUCUUAUGCUGUGCCUUAUGAAGAUCAAGCUGUACAUCGAGCUGCAAGAUAUUGACAGGCUCGCAGAACUGCAUCUUCCGGCCCUUGCAAAUUAUCCCGCGGGCGUCGUAGAUUUCCUCAGAUAUCAUUGCGAGAUACCGGAGAUCCGUCGCAACGCGGCCCUCCUUGAGUCCCGACACAUUCGGCACCUCACCUUGGAGCGUCUAUUGGACAAUAUUCACGAGCUCAUCGACUGGAUUGAGCUGAGAGAGCCUUUGUGGCUGCUGUGGCUUGCAAUGACCGUGCGAAAAGGUGGUGCUGCAGAGUGGGACAACCUGAGUGAUCGGGAGCAUAAUCAGUCUUCCCUCCUUCACUUCCGAAUGGUCUACCAGGCCUGGGCGGAGACGCCACGAGCGGUUUCAGCGCUCUUGGCUAUCCAACUCAGCCGAGAGGCCGAUGAGAAUGAGAAGCUGGUGAUUCCGGCUCUGUGA